AUGCUUAUUAUAAUAAAUUAUAAACUAGAAGUUUAUAAAGUAGAGAAAAACUAUCUAGAAACGACUCCUAAAGAAAAUAUAAUCAGCCUAGAGAUCUUUAAAUAG